AUGACUCAACUCGUCCCUUUAGCUGAACUGCCCAGCGGUAAAAAAAUAUAUAGCGUCCGGGGGCAAGGGUUCGAAGUGGACAGGGAAUAUGAUCUGGUCAAGAUUAUCGGAUUUGGUGCGUAUGGGACUGUGUGUUCAGCGGUCGCAAACAGAUCAGGUGAGCGGGUGGCAAUCAAGCGAUUGUCACGCGUUUUUGGUGAUCUUCGCGAAGGGAAACGAAUUUUGCGGGAGAUGGAGAUAAUGACGUCUCUGAAGCACAGUAACCUGAUUCGCCUCCACCACUUCUUGCGGCCGCACUCAAAAGAAACGUUCGAGGACAUUUAUUUUGUAAUGGAUCUUUAUGACACCGAUUUAAAUCGUAUUAUACGAAGUCGGCAGAAGCUCACUGAUGAACAUCUACAGUAUUUCAUGAUUCAAGCGUUCCGUGGAUUACAUUACCUCCACUCUGCCAAAGUGAUGCAUCGAGACCUAAAGCCGAGUAACUUGCUUGUAAAUGCGGACUGCGCGCUGGCAAUCUGCGAUUUUGGACUGGCUCGUGAUGAUCAAGUGAUGAGCUCGUCGGAUCUCACCCAGUACGUUGUAACUCGAUGGUACAGACCCCCUGAGGUACUUGGGAUGGGUUUCAAUCAGUAUACGAGUGCGGUAGAUGUCUGGAGCCUUGGUCUGAUUUUUGCAGAGCUGAUGGUAGGGCGUACCUUGCUUCCAGGAACCGAUUAUAUCGAACAGCUAGUAAUGAUUGUCAACCUACUAGGAUCCCCGUCUAUCGAUGACAUGGAGUUUCUGAGCUCUGAGGCACGGGCAUUUAUUCUCUCUCAGCCGCAUCGGCCGGCUCUCCCUUUUAGAGAUCUUUUUCCAAUGGCUACCGAGGAAGCUACUGAUCUUCUCUCAAAACUGUUAGUCUUUCACCCAGCAAGACGAUUAACUGCGAAGCAAGUGAUGGAGCAUCCAUAUUUUUCGAAGUACCGAGACCCCGCUGAAGAAGCCGACGCCCCUAAUCCAUUUGUGUGGAAUCAUAGUCAUAUUGAAACGAAGGCGCAACUCCGUGAGGAUUUGUGGCGCGUUGUCGAAGCUUACUCACAUUCGAAUGAAUAG